AUGGCUGACCGGCUGCAGAUUGGCCUGGCUUGGGCCAGGGUGGAGGUGACCAUGCAAGCAGGCGUUGAAGCGUACCUGAGUGACUCGGCUCAGAUCCCCUGCCAGUACAGAUUCUCCAACGUGGACUCUGAGCCCAGCUUCGUCAUGAUCCAGUGGUUUGUGACCGGCGUCGGCCGCUCACGGACGCGGAUCUUCUACUUCGAUAGCAACGUUAGCACCGCUGACAACAACACGGACUUCACCGGCCGCGUCCAAGUGACUCGAGACCCUGAGGGAACUGUGCUCACCAUCCAGGACGUUCAGCUCUCUGAUGAGAGGGAGUUCUUCUGCCAGGUCAACGGGCUGGAGGCCGGGGCCGCCGAGGGCAAGACCCACCUCAGAGUGUUCGCUCCGCCAGAGGCUCCGGUGAUCGAGGGCGUCCUCACUGGAAUAUCUGUGACCAAAGAGGGGCCGUCUAAGGUUGCAUCAUGUGAGGUGACCAACGGCUUUCCCAAACCCAACAUCACCUGGUACAGAAACAACCUGCCGCUGAAGCCAGAUCCAGGAAAUGUGAACGUGUUGAUCCUGACCUGGGAGACCAAAGGCCUGUACUCGGUGGAGAGCACGCUGGAGUACAAGGUGGUGAAGGAGGACAGAGAGGCCCGUUUCUCCUGUGAGGUCAGCUUCUCCGUCCCGGGAGCCAUCAGGACAGUGGAGUCAAACAGCAUCAACAUCACGGUUCACUACCCUACCACCAUGGUGGAGCUGUGGAAGGAGAAACCCAAGGGCCUGGUCAAAGAGGGGGAUGCUGUGGAGCUGCAUUGCCAAGGCGAUGGCAACCCCCUGCCGACCUUCAUUUUCAGCAGAGGACAAGAGGAGGAUUACGAGGCCAAGCCGGGCGUCGUGUUGGCUCUGGCUGCGGUUUCACGGAAAGACAGCGCCCUCUACCACUGUCGGCCGGCGCUCGCUGACGGAAACGCCGAGGUCGGAGGGCAGGUGCAGCUCACCGUGCACUAUCUGGAUCCAGCUGUGGUUGUACCUAAAGAAUCUGAGUUCAUGAACAAGGGAGAAAGUUUGACCGCGAGCUGCAACGCUCUGUCCUCCCUGAAAACCUCCACCGUCUGGUACAAGGAUGGCAAGCAGGUGGGUAAGGGCAACACCUUGCACCUGCAGGACGCCACCUAUGACACAACAGGAGAGUACAAAUGUGAGGUGACCGUUCCCUCGCUGCCGGCGCUGAAAACCAACGGCUCCGUUAACAUCAUCGUUCAAGGUGGUCCACAGCUGAUGGGGGUGGAGCAGGAGGUGCAGCUGGAGGAGGUGCAAGGCCAGAUGAUCAACCUCAGCUGUGAGGCGAUGGGUCAUCCACUGCCCGAUAUCACCUGGAGCUUCAUCGGAGUCCAGAACUGGCUCGAGGUGGAGGAUGCGAGAAACAUGAAAGAGCACAUGCGGAGGAGCGUGGUGUCGGUGAAAGUCACCUCGGACAUCAGCGCUCAGUGCAACGCGUCCAACGAGAUGGGCACCGAGGUCAAGACCUUCAGCAUCAGAGCCGUUCCCAGGGCCACCACCACCGCUCCCUUCUCUCCCGUUGACCGCAGUGGAGGGAUCAUUGUGGGGAUCAUUGUGUGUCUGCUGCUGCUCGCCAUCCUCGGCAGCGUCCUCUACUUCCUCUACAAGAAGGGAAAGAUCCCCUGUGGACGCUCGGGGAAGCAGGAGAUAAGCAACAAGGAAAUCACCAAAGACGACAUCGUUGUGGAGAUGAAAACCAACACGAAGACCGAGGAGACCGUCCUGCUCAAGGCCGUGAACGGGGGGAAAGGGUCGCCCAACGACAAGACCAAACGAGACCAAACGAGACCAGCUGCUCGGCCGCGGCAGCUCUUCACCGCCGGUGCAGAUCCACCGAGAGGCUCGCCAGCGUGUCUGAUCCGUCCCACAGUGAGGAGGAGACAGGAAGCAGCUCUGCCUCCAGACCGCUGUCAGCAGCACGAGCUGGAAAUGACUCCAACAGUAGCUCAGGUUUCCAGCUGGAGUCUGGAGGAGGAGGAGGAGGAGGAGGAGGAAGAUCCGUCAGUGACUCGAGAGCUGAGAGGAGGAGAUAUGGAGCCGACGUGUCCGAUCGCCAUGGAGAUGACGGAGCGAGCCGCAGGUGACACGUACGACCACGAAGCCCGGCGAUACUGCAACUGA